CGGGCUGGGAUGGAGUGCAAGCAUGAGCCUGCUAGAAGAGGGGACAGCUGGGGUGGGCCUACCACUACAACAUCCUCCACCCUCAACAAGACAGGAGCAAACACGUCCCUGGAGAGGCACAGUACUAACAACUUGGAGAAGGAUGACCACCACUGUGGGGUCAAAGCAAAGCCAGGCAUGACGUCCUGCCAGAUGGAGCGGAAAACAAACCUCAGCAGAAGUGCCAGUUUGUCAGAGAAGGAGCUGAAGGAGGCACGGACCAAGAGUCAGAUCAUUGCUGCUCAGCUCCAGGCCAAUUCCAACUCUAAAGGCGUCCAACUUUUCAACCGGCGCAGACAGAGAGUGAACGCUUUCACACUUGUAAGCGUCAGAGGAGGGGGAGUGGAGGCAUCCAAGAAUGUAAUUGAUUCAUCUUUUGAAAGUCCACGGACAUGGAACAAACAUCACUUGACUGAGGACCAGGACAAAGAGUUGAAUCGUAAGAACCUCACGUGGAUGGCCGACAGAAUCCGCAGUACUGGGAGUGACAUGGAAGAUGCUAGUGAGGUUACACGGGAGGAUGUAGCAGAAGAAAGCGGCCAAGACAUACACUUUCUCCCUGUCAAUGAGAAGGAUGAGGAGCUCUCAGAAGACCUCACGGAGCAUGUGAAGGAAGAGGUUACUCUUAGAAGUGAUAAUACCCCUGCUGUUAUGGACAGAACUGGUCAAGAUGAAGCUGAAGGCAAUGGAGCACACAAUAAAGAAAUCCCAAAUGGAUACAGUGCACAAUGCAAUGGAAAAGCAGGUAAGACAGUGACUAAACAGCCCACCAUCAUGAACAGAACAGCUCGCCCAUUUUUCUCCCCGACAACAGUAGGAUCCUCUGAAGCUACAAGUCCAGUCAUGGACAUCCCUUCAGCCCCAUCUGAUGACUCUACAACACACUUUGAACCUUCAACUUACCCAGUGCACCCAAGACCUGUUUUCUCUCCACCACUACCUCCACCUUCAUAUCCAAUGCCUCCUCUGCCCAGCUACUCCAGCCCUCCUCCACCUAACACAGCCCAUGCUCCCUCACCUCAGCCUUCUUCUUACAUCCGCCCAUAUGCCCCCAGGCCUACAUUUGUCCCUAACCUUAUGAGUGAGAAGAGAUCUGUAACUCCCAUCAGAUCGGGCAUCCUUGACGAGGGCCAGGCUCGCAGAGCAACCCGCAAGUCGAUGUUCACAUUUCAGGAGAAGCCAAAAGUGGCUCCGAAUCCCGAACUCCUGUCCUUGGUGCAGUGUGCAGAUGGAAAGAAGAAAAAACCCCAGCCAGAUGCAGGGCAGGAAGAGGAGCUGCUGUCUCUCGGGGCUGAAGCCUCAAACUUCCUGGCCAAGGACGAGGAUAUUCAUGAGGAAGCUGCGGUGCCAGAGUGGGCCUCGAGUUUGAAAAGCUCCAGGACACGUGCCAGGAUAGAGCACAAGCCUGAGCAAGCCCUGACCAAUGCUUCAGGAAAAGGAGCCGAACUGUUUGCCAAACGCCAGUCGAGGAUGGAAAGGUAUGUCCAUGACAGCAAGGACCCGAGAUCUCCCUCUCCUACCAUGUCCUUGCCUCCUUCGUGGGUGUAUCCAUCCAACAUGCCCGGUCGAGUAAAGGCCAUAGUAAACUCCUCCAAUAUAAGUACACAAAUUUCAAAAACACUUCAAGCUCAGCAGGCAACUCAGAAAAAGACUGUCCCUGCCAAAACGCCAGCACCUGUUCCGGCUCCAGAAAUACCCUUGGAGAAUGGCUGCACUAAAAUCGAGAUGGAGCUGUCCAAACAUCAGCCAUACCAGCUCAACUCAUCCCUCUUUAUCUUCAACCCAAUGAAAGAUCCCUACAGCACUCUUCCCAGAGCCGCCCCGGCUCCUAAAUCUGUCGUGACAGCUCACUCCUACUCCAGACAAUCAUCCCUUCCAACAAGCCCAUUGCCAUCACACUACAGCCCGUCUGCCACCUAUCGGUCAGCCCAUUGCUUUUCGCCUCCUAUGACGCUCAGUCCCAUCAAAGCAGGCAGUGUCAGUUCCCCAGUAUCACCUUUAGCUCCAGAUCGUGUGGCUUCACCUCGCUCUGGCGUCCAAGCUCCACGUCCCACAUUCUCCACCAAAAAAGCUGGUAUCAGCCCACAGAUUAAGGAGGAGACCCCGGCACCAUUCAAUAGCCCCGGCUCCACCACCCCAACCUCCAGGACGCCCAACCUCACUAGACGCUUCACCAGCCCUGAGAUGCUUUCUAGCACUGUCUGGUCCCCCAGAAGCCCUCUAGUGACCUCUACAUCAUCCAGCCCAAUCUACAAGCCCACACCCAUCUCCCCCUCACCCCGGCCCAUCCAUAAACCCGUCACGACAUGCCCUUCCCCAAGCCCUAUCCGCAAGCACAUUGCAGCCACUGCAUCUCCAGGUACCAUCUUCAAGCCAACCGCCACCUCUCCUGUAUCUCCACACUGGGAAACCAGGUGCCAGUCCCCAGCUGUCAGCCAGGACACCAAAGCCAACCACCGCAUUUUGGCCAAAAACAUCAUCAAUGCUGCCAAGCGGAAAAACAGUCCGUCUCCUGGGGCACCGAGCAGCCGCAGUCUGCCCAUCUCCCCAGUGAACAGCGGGAUCGUGCCUUACGAACACAAACCAGUCAGUCCAUUUCAGCCACGGAUGCUGGGGGCUCAAUCGCCCACCCUUACCAGUCCCUCUCCCACCCGCAUGAUCCACUCUCCAGUGCAGUUGUACAACGCCCGCUCGCUGACUGACUCUGAUGCCUCGGUCGAGUCUGAGGAUUCAGGUCUGCGCUCUCCUGGAGUGCGCAGCUAUAAUACCUGCCCCCGUGGCUGGACCGGCAGUCUGCAGGUGAAGAGGGGAGGCGUGCCCGAAGAUCUGUAGGAAGCAUUUAGGGAUGAUUUAUACUUCAGCCUGAUUUCGUUGUAGACCAAAAUGUCCCUUAAAUAUUGAAUGUAAAGCAUUGUGGAUUUUUCAGUACAUUGCAUACAGUACAGUAUGUUACUAUGUUGACUCUGUGAUGGACUCUGUUCAUGUUAAAGAAAUACAUUGUCGUUCAAAAGUUUGGGUCAGUAAGUUUUUUUUUUCUCCGCAAGGACGCAUUAAAAUGUUU